AUGGCAUCCAAUUUCAACACCGGUGGAGGUGUCCAGUUGACAUUUCUCACAACGGGAACGGUGCGCAUUAGACCCUCAAUGCGCUCCCAACCAGUGAGCAAGUUUGCGAUCUUUCGACGUCUCCGAUCACUCUUUGACAGGACAUGGACCGAGCCUUUGCCAGUUGGGGUAUUCUUAAUUCGUCACCCUGAAGGUCUCUUCCUCAUGGACACAGGGCAAUCUCCAUGCUGCAACGACGCCGGAUAUUUCCCACGACUCGCUCUAUUCAAUGGCAUCCUCAGUGAAUUUACCAUUGAACGGCAAGAUGGAGUCCUGGAACAACUUCACAAGCUCGGAAUCAAGGCAACAGACCUGAAAGCCGUGAUUCUGAGUCAUCUUCACAAUGACCACGCCGGUGGAUUAGAGGAUUUGGUUGCAGAAGCACCGGAUCUACCAAUCUAUGUCAGCCGUGAGCACUGGAAUGCUUUUGGGGAGCAUCCUCUCUUUGCAAGCAUGGAAGGAGCAACACCAAAUCACUGGCCAAAGGAGUUCUCACCAAAGAUAGUGGACCUACAGGACAGACCACUUGGACCUUGGAAACAGUCAUAUCCUGUGACGGAAGAUGGCAAAAUCGUCAUCGUCGAUACAUCGGGACAUGUUCCCGGACAUAUCAGUCUGGUGAUUUAUGGAGAAGGAGAAGAUGGGCAGGAUCAAGUUACAUACUUCCUCCCUGGAGAUUCAACAUAUGGCCUGGACCUCUUGGACAAGGAACAGCCCGAUGGGAUCAACGAUGACCCUAUGCGUGCUUACCAAACUUUGAAGACUAUCAAGCAAUUUGCCAAGGAGACUGAUGUUGUUGUCCUGCCUAGCCAUGACAUCAACACGCCUCGCUUGCUUGCUGAUCGAGUAGUCUACCGGCCUCGCGAGAAAGAGUGA